AUGCUGGUAUCAACUAUGGUACUUAUCAGCGGCCAUGCUGGUAUCAACUAUGGUACUUAUCAGCGGCCAUGCUGGUAUCAACUAUGGUACUUAUCAGGGGCCAUGCUGGUAUCAACUAUGGUACUUAUCAGGGGCCACGCUGGAAUCAACUAUGGUACUUAUCAGGGGGCCACACUGGUAUCAACUAUGGUACUUAUCAGCGGCCACACUGGUAUCAACUAUGGUACUUAUCGGCGGCCAUGCUGGAAUCAACUAUGGUACUUAUCAGGGGCCACACUGGUAUCAACUAUGGUACUUAUCAGCGGCCACACUGGUAUCAACUAUGGUACUUAUCAGGGUCCACACUGGUAUCAACUAUGGUACUUAUCAGGGGCCACACUGGUAUCAACUAUGGUACUUAUCAGCGGCCACACUGGUAUCAACUAUGGUACUUAUCGGGGGCCACACUGGUAUCAACUAUGGUACUUAUCAGGGGCCACACUGGUAUCAACUAUGGUACUUAUCAGGGGCCACACUGGUAUCAACUAUGGUACUUAUCAGGGGCCACACUGGUAUCAACUAUGGUACUUAUCAGGGGCCACACUGGUAUCAACUAUGGUACUUAUCGGGGGCCACACUGGUAUCAACUAUGGUACUUAUCGGGGGCCACACUGGUAUCAACUAUGGUACUUAUCAGGGGGCCACACUGGAAUCAACUAUGGUACUUAUCGGGGGCCACACUGGUAUCAACUAUGGUACUUAUCAGCGGCCAUGCCGGUAUCAACUAUGGUACUUAUCAGCGGCCAUGCCGGUAUCAACUAUGGUACUUAUCAGCGGCCAUGCUGGAAUCAACUAUGGUACUUAUCAGCGGCCAUGCUGGAAUCAACUAUGGUACUUAUCAGGGCCAUGCUGGAAUCAACUAUGGUACUUAUCGGGGGCCACACUGGUAUCAACUAUGGUACUUAUCAGGGGGCCACACUGGUAUCAACUAUGGUACUUAUCAGGGGCCACACUGGAAUCAACUAUGAAAGGUAUUUGCGCACUUUAUCAGGGGCCACACUGGUAUCAACUAUGGUACUUAUCAGGGGCCACACUGGUAUCAACUAUGGUACUUAUCAGGGGCCACACUGGUAUCAACUAUGGUACUUAUCGGGGGCCACACUGGUAUCAACUAUGGUACUUAUCGGGGGCCACACUGGUAUCAACUAUGGUACUUAUCGGGGGCCACACUGGUAUCAACUAUGGUACUUAUCAGCGGCCAUGCUGGAAUCAACUAUGGUACUUAUCAGCGGCCAUGCUGGAAUGAACUAUGGUACUUAUCAGGGCCAUGCUGGAAUCAACUAUGGUACUUAUCGGGGGCCACACUGGUAUCAACUAUGGUACUUAUCAGGGGGCCACACUGGUAUCAACUAUGGUACUUAUCAGGGGCCACACUGGAAUCAACUAUGGUACUUAUCAGGGGGCCACACUGGAAUCAACUAUGGUACUUAUCAGGGGCCACACUGGUAUCAACUAUGGUACUUAUCGGGGGCCACACUGGUAUCAACUAUGGUACUUAUCGGGGGCCACACUGGUAUCAACUAUGGUACUUAUCGGGGGCCAUGCUGGAAUCAACUAUGGUACUUAUCGGGGGCCACACUGGUAUCAGCUAUGGUACUUAUCAGCGGCCAUGCUGGUAUCAACUAUGUUACUUAUCAGGGGCCACACUGGUAUCAACUAUGGUACUUAUCAGGGGCCACACUGGUAUCAACUAUGGUACUUAUCAGCGGCCAUGCUGGUAUCAACUAUGGUACUUAUCAGGGGCCAUGCUGGAAUCAACUAUGGUACUUAUCAGGGGCACACUGGUAUCAACUAUGUUACUUAUCAGGGGCCACGCUGGUAUCAACUAUGGUACUUAUCAGGGGCCAUGCUGGUAUCAACUAUGGUACUUAUCGGGGGCCACACUGGUAUCAACUAUGGUACUUAUCAGGGGCCACACUGGUAUCAACUAUGGUACUUAUCAGGGUCCACACUGGUAUCAACUAUGGUACUUAUCAGCGGCCAUGCUGGUAUCAACUAUGGUACUUAUCAGGGGCCAUGCUGGUAUCAACUAUGGUACUUAUCAGGGGCACACUGGUAUCAACUAUGUUACUUAUCAGGGGCCACGCUGGUAUCAACUAUGGUACUUAUCAGGGGCCAUGCUGGUAUCAACUAUGGUACUUAUCGGGUGCCACACUGGUAUCAACUAUGGUACUUAUCAGGGGCCACACUGGUAUCAACUAUGGUACUUAUCAGGGUCCACACUGGUAUCAACUAUGGUACUUAUCAGGGUCCACACUGGUAUCAACUAUGGUACUUAUCAGCGGCCACGCUGGUAUCAACUAUGGUACUUAUCGGGGGCCACACUGGUAUCAACUAUGGUACUUAUCAGCGGCCAUGCUGGUAUCAACUAUGGUACUUAUCAGGGUCCACACUGGUAUCAACUAUGGUACUUAUCAGCGGCCAUGCUGGUAUCAACUAUGGUACUUAUCAGGGGCCACGCUGGUAUCAACUAUGGUACUUAUCAGCGGCCAUGCUGGUAUCAACUAUGGUACUUAUCAGCGGCCAUGCUGGUAUCAACUAUGGUACUUAUCAGGGUCCACACUGGUAUCAACUAUGGUACUUAUCAGCGGCCAUGCUGGUAUCAACUAUGGUACUUAUCAGGGGCCACGCUGGUAUCAACUAUGUUACUUAUCAGGGGCCACGCUGGUAUCAACUAUGGUACUUAUCAGCAGCCACACUGGCAAUGAGGACAGGGAGACCAAAUUACCACCAGGAAGGACCCUCUAAUUGGAAAACUUUGAGCCAGCAUUCUUACAUCACUCUCACUUAUAGUAAAGUAAAAUAAAGAUAAAAGCGGUAUAAAAAUAAUGUUUGCUGUUUUUAGACACAUAAUAAUAAAGCUGAAGUCUAGCAGCUGGUGUGUGCCAUGAUUGGGAAAUCAGACAAUCGAUAAACACCAGCCCAUCAGGAGCCACGCUGGCCAGGGACAAACACCAGCCUAUCAGGAGCCACGCUGGCCAGGGACAAACACCAGCCUAUCAGGAGCCACGUUGGCCAGGGACAAACACCAGCCUAUCAGGAGCCACGCUGGCCAGGGAUAAAUACCAGCCUAUCAGGAGCCAUGCUGGCCUAGAUAAAUACCAGCCUAUCAGGAGCCACACUGGCCAGGGAUAAACACCAGCCCAUCAGGAGCCACACUGGCCAGGGAUAAAUACCAGCCUAUCAGGAGCCAUGCUGGCCUAGAUAAAUACCAGCCUAUCAGGAGCCACACUGGCCUAGAACAAACACCAGCCUAUCAGGAGCCACACUGGCCUAGAACAAACACCAGCCUAUCAGGAGCCACGCUGGCCAGGGAUAAAUACCAGCCUAUCAGGAGCCACGCUGGCCUGGAUAAAUACCAGCCUAUCAGGAGCCAUGCUGGCCUAGAUAAAUACCAGCCUAUCAGGAGCCACGCUGGCCAGGGAUAA